AUGACAUCGCUUCGGGAGCGCGUGCAGCUCGGGCUCCCAGAAAAACUGUCCCGCAUGGAGUGCCUGGCCCAAGGGCCUCCAGGGGAGGCCCCCAAGCGCCUCUGGCCCAGUCUGCGGCCCCGGCUCGCCGCCCUCCGGGAGGUCCGCUGUCUGCGGAGGGUCCGCGGCGCGCUGCCGCCCAAUGCCCGGCGCGAGGCGGCCGAGCUGGCGCGGAUCGCGGGGCCCGUGUUCCUGGAGCAGUUGAUGGUUUUUCUAAUCAGUGUCGUAAGCUCCAUAUUUUGUGGACAUUUAGGGAAAGUUGAGUUGGAUGCUGUUACACUUGCUUUAUCCGUUGUAAAUGUAAUUGGUAUUUCAGUUGGAACGGGUUUAGCCUCAGCAUGUGACACACUCGUAUCUCAGACAUUUGGAGCCAAGAACAUGAAACGUAUUGGAAUCAUACUUCAAAGGGCAAUCCUUAUUUUGUUACUGUGCUGCUUUCCUUGCUGGGCCAUCUUUAUUAACAUUGAACAGAUCCUCCUGCUUUCCAAACAAGAUCCAGAAGUUUCUAAGUUAGCCCAAGUUUAUGUGAUGAUUUUUCUUCCUGCUCUUCCUGCAGCCUUUCUGUACCAGCUGCAGACGAGAUAUUUAAGAAGCCAGGGCAUCACUAUGCCUCAAGUUAUUACUGGAAUUGCAGCAAAUAUCAUCAAUGUGGGUAUGAAUGCUCUCUUCCUGUAUGCUCUGAACCUCGGAGUACAAGGCUCUGCUUGGGCCAACACAACAUCUCAGUUCACCCAAGCUUUUCUUCUCUUUCUCUAUGUGUGGUGGAAAAAGAUACAUGUGGAGACAUGGGGAGGUUGGUCUGCUGAGUGCUUUCAGGAAUGGGGCACUUUCAUUCAGUUAGCUGUUCCCAGCUUGCUUAUGGUGUGUAUUGAGUGGUGGACCUUUGAAGUUGGAACCUUUCUCACAGGAAUGAUUAAUAUGACAACCCUUGGAGCCCAGGCCGUCAUUUAUGAACUGUCCUCUGCAGCCUACAUGGUGCCACUUAGCCUUGGCAUGGCUGCCAGUUUCCGAGUGGGCCAUGCGUUAGGGGCGGGAAGCAUAGAUAAGGCAUGGCAGGCUGCUGUCACUGCGCUGCUCUACACAGGAAUUUGUGCCAUCGCAGUAGCCGUCAUAUUCGCAGCCCUGAAGAAUGUGGUGGCAUAUGUGUUUACCAGUGAUAAAGACAUCGUCACCAUGGUGAGUCAGCUGAUGCCUAUAUUUAUUCCUUUCCACCUGUUUGAUGCAAUGGCAGCGACCUGUAGCGGAAUCCUGAGAGGAUUAGGAAAACAAAAGAUGGGAGCCAUCUUGAACGCUGUUGGCUAUUAUGUUAUAGGUUUUCCAAUGGGAGUAUCACUAAUGUUUGCCACUAAACUGGGGAUAGUAGGUCUGUGGUCGGGAUUGAUCGCAUGUGUCUUCUUUCAAAGCCUCUUUUAUUUCAUAUACAUUCUGAAGACAAGCUGGAACCAAGCUGCUGAACAGGCUCAAAUCCGGGCUGGAAUGAAAGGGACAAGUCACAGUGAGAAUGCAGGCUUACCUGGUCUAGAAUCAGAAGGCUUCACGGAACUGAUUUUUCCUGAUACCAUUAGUUCUGAGAGCCAGACUGAUGAGCUCAUGUCCCAGUGCUCCGUCUCAACGGUUGGAGAGCUUUUGACUGUGAAACAGUUGGCCUUUCGACGUGGGAUCGCUUUUGCGGCUGCCCUUGGUACCUUGAUAGCAGGAAUUGUAAUAAGACAUUCAACAGCCACGUUAGUCAUGGCUUACUCCUUGGCUGUCUGCGAGAUAGCCAUGGAUGUAGAGCUGGGAGAGUGGAGUGAAAAAGACUAUGGGGCCUCCCAUUGGCACUGGCUCCUGGCAUCAGGAACUGUGUGA